UUAGCCCAGUCAAUAGAGCCCGAAAAAGCCACUGAAAUGGAAUUAAUUCCAUUUAAAUGUCUCUAUUGACUGGGCUAGAUAAGAAAAUCCCAAUUUGCUGAAAAUUAAUUGCAAAGUUAAUUGACUCCCUUCGCGGCGUAGAAACGCGAACGAGUGUACGUGAUAUAUCGGCACGAUAGUAAACAGAAGUAGAAGGUCAUUUAUAAUUAAAUUAUUGAAUACUUCAUAUCUUACUUUUAAACGACUGGAUUUGAUAUUUAAAUCCGUAUAACUUGUAAAGAAAAAAAAAAACCAGAAGAUUAGAGUCAUAAAAUUUUUUAUGUACGUUUAAAGAGUAAUGUACAUUGAGGUUAAUGUUAACCUCGUGUGUAAUGUUUCUCAGUGAAUACGUUUACAUUUAGCGAAUAUCAAGCAGUAUCAAAUGGAAACGAUUAAUAUGACGUGUAAACAUUAUAAAUAAUAAGGCACGCAAUAACGGAUUUAACGUUAUAGCGGCUGUAAACUGUGGCUCCAAACAAACUCUCUUUCGCCCCCCACUAAAUAAUAAUUUAUUGAUUUAAAGUAUUUAUUUAAAUCAAAGUAGAAUGAUUAUAAAUAUAUCAUUAUACUUCAACGUCCUGAGCUCGUUUAUUUUAUACGUAAAUCGGGCUGCAAAUGAUUUAUACAAAAUGAUUAAUGAUUAUUACAAAAAAUGAGAAGAUUAUAGAUAUAUGUUAGAAGAAUGUAUGUACGUUCAGAUCUACUAAGCUUUCCUUCAAAUCUUGCGUAUAGAUUGCGUGCUUGCUUUUCUUUCUUAGGUGGACCACGAUAUCGAGCGGCACGGUGGGGAGGAGUCGCUGUUAAUUUGGGUUCCGAUUGGAUGUAUAAGAUAACAGGUAGUUUUCCGUAAGAUAAGCUUGUUAUGUCUUAAUGUCUUGUUAUAUAUAAAGACGGCUCAAAGUGAACGUGAAUAGUAAUGAAAGAACAGAGGAUAUUGUCAUACGCUGCAGCGUACGAUCGAAUGAGUAAUAGUUGAUCGUAUCAUUCAAUCCUUAUCAGCAGCAUAUUCCAUCUGCCGCUUUGACAUCAUCAGGCAUCGCCGUGAACACAUAAGAAAAGCUCAUCCUGUACCGAAAGUUUUACCGAAAAGGAAAACGAUCAAAUAAAAAAACGGAGAUUCCUGAAAUUCUUUUCACGUGCCCAUUUAUUCAUAUUACAUUACGCACGAAGCAACCAUGAAGAUGUCUGUUGGUCUGAGAACAUCAAGUUUCGCAAAAUUAAAUCGCUGUGUUCCGUGGAAUCUAAACGUGCGCAAGUAUGUGAGCGAUCAGCUUCUCGCGGACGGUGAGGUGAAGAAGUCAAGGAUACCGCUAAACAUCGAUACCAACAUGCUGAAAAUCGGUUUCCUCGGCGGGGGAAAAAUGGCUCAGGCGCUCGCCAAAGGUCUCAUACGGGCGGGUUUAAGCAAAGGCGAAAUGAUGCUGGCCAGUUGCCUUCCGACCGACACUGGGAGCAUUGAGACUUUUAAGGAAAUGAAAUCAAAUACUGUUUUUACGAAUGUACCUGUCAUCGAUCACGGCGACGUGCUAAUCCUUUCGGUAAAGCCGCAAGUUGUACCGAAAGUUUUGCCAGAGUUCAGGAUACACGACAACAAGAAGUUACUCAUUUCCAUCGCCAUGGGCGUCUCUCUGGCGUCGUUAGAAAAGGCACUGCCAAAAGAAACACCAGUGAUAAGAGUAAUGCCAAAUACACCUGCGUUAGUUGGUUGCGGCGCUACAGUGUUUGCACGCGGAAAAUACGCAAGUGACAAGGAUGCCGAGAUCACGGAGAAGCUAUUUUCCGCCGUAGGCAUCUGCGAAGAAGUCCCGGAAACGUUCAUCGAUCCAGUAACCGCCUUGGCCGGUUCCGGUCCUGCCUAUAUAUAUAUGGUAAUCGAAGCGAUGGCCGAUGGUGGAGUCAAAAUGGGACUUACUAGGCCCAUUGCAUAUAAACUCGCGGCGCAAACUGUCCUAGGUGCUGGUACCAUGGUGCUGGAGACGAAGCUUCAUCCAGGACAGCUUAAAGACGACGUGUCUUCGCCGGCAGGCUCCACCAUAACUGGUGUUCAUCAAUUAGAGAAACAUGGCUUAAGAUCGGCGAUAAUCACGGCUGUAGAGGCGGCGACGCUUCGAUGUAAAGAAGUCAGCUCGCAGACAGAGAAAAAUUAGUAGUAACACGUAUUGUUGUUAUGUUAUAUUUACAUCACGUUUUAAGGACGAUAUGUAAACGUGGAGACGAUAUCCAUCCAUAGAGUUAAAUAAGGCAGGAUACGUAUAUCUGGAGACAACCCUUAACUACAUUUUAGGACGAUCAUAGAAAUAUUCUUGUUAGUGACUUGCUCUGUUAUACGUAACACACGCGAUAUGAUACGGACUUUGUGAUACGUUUAACGUUCAACGAAUAUCGUUAUUACGUAUUAAACUGUAGUUGCAGUUUUACUGCUGCUGGUCUCUCUAAAAGUAUGGUAUAAUAUCGAUAGAAACUUUUGUAAAUAAUUAUUUGGUAAAUAAUUAUUUUAAGCAGCGUUUUUUAAUUAUUGGCAAAUAAUUAAAAAUCUAUUUUUCAUGGGACAUGUAGAACGUGACAAUAUAGAUCUGGUAUUAAAAUAAUGAUAACAACGUUAAACGCGUUUAUACUCACACGCAGUUUAUGCUGUUUUUAUAUGAUUACAAAUACGUUGAUUUUUUGUUGCAUAUAUUUUGAUAAUAUAUUAUUUGUUGAUGUAUGUAUCAUAUAGAAACAUUAUUUGACGUAUGUGACAUUCUGUUUAUUCUUUUAAUAAUCUUUACAGUAAAAACUCUUGAUAUAACGUAUUAAAACAUAAAAUUCAAGUUUACUAGAUAAAAAAAGUGUACUUUUCGUAAUGUAUCACACACUUGUGCAUAUUCAUGGGCGCCGUUAGUGGCAAUAUGUACAUAUACAAAUAUAUGACACGUUUGAGUAA